GCGGGACGCCGUAGCUUUGCUUCUCUUACGAAAUGACAACAAACAUUCACGCGAGUCAUAACUUUCAUAAGCAGUUGUUAUGAGCAGACCGUCAGUGAGCGACUGGGAGCUCCGGGAAGCUGCUGCUGGUUUAACUGGGAGGAGCAGCUGCAGGUCACUUCCUGUUGGGUUUUGUAACUGAUCAGACCUUGUAUAACAGGAGAACAGGUGAAGCUGCUGGGCUGAGAUGUCUGCAGUGAGGCGGUCGGUGGCCGAGGCCUUCUGGGCCAUGUGUGCCGCAGACUCCAUGUCCAUGCCGGUCCACUGGUACUACAACAUCCAGGACAUCAGGAGGGACUUUGGAGGCUGGAUAUCUGGGUUCAACGCGCCUGCAAGCAGACACCCGUCCAGCAUCCUCAGCCUGUCCAACACAGCUGGCAGCGGUCGGACCGCCUGGUCCUCUGGUGGACGGCGAGCUGACGUCGUCGGUAGCGUCAUCCUUCAUGACAAGCUGGAGCUGUGGCGGUCCUCCAACGGAACGGUCCACUACCACCAAGGUCUUCAGGCGGGAGACAACACCCUGAACGUCCUCUGCUCGCUGCGCGUAGCUCGGACCGUUGUCUCCAGCCGUGCCGCGGACGUCUCCCGGCCUGAGGUUCGCGCCGCCGUUCUGUCCGACUACGUGAAGUUCCUGACCACGCCCGGUUCGCACGCCGACACCUACGCCGAGUCCUUCCACCGCUCCUUCUUUGCCGACUGGCAGGACAGCAGACCCUCGUCUCCCAGCGAGGUUCUGACGUUUGCGGAGAAACGAUCCAAACGGAUGCUGAGCUUUGGAUCUCCUGACAGCCAGCUGGACGCCAUCGGCUGCCUUCCCAUGAUCCUCCCCUUCGUCUUGUUGUCCGCUUCGGCCAACGAGGACCAGGCUGUCUCUGCUGCCGUAGAGUUUGUUAAACUCACCCAUCCUCACCCCAAAGUGCCCGAGUACGUGAGUAUCUACGGCCGGGCCCUGCAUGCAGUGCUGGGCGGGGCCAGCGUCCGGCAGCAGGCUGAGGACGCUCUGAGGAGGCUGGAGGCCUGGGACACCUGCCAGAGCUACAGCCGCAAAGCGGCCAGGUUUCCUGCAUCUUCUGAGGAGCGGCUGAAGGUCCAUCAGAGCGCGGUGAACUACCUGGGCUUGGCCUGCUACAACAGAGGGGCGCUGUCCAGCCUGUUCUACCUGGCCUACGAGUUCCACGAUGAUCCGGUGGGAGGAAUCCUGGCCAACACCAACUGUGGAGGUGAAAACUGUAACCGGGGUGCGGCGCUCGGGGCCCUGCUGGGGGCCGGGGCCGCCCACAGCGGAGGGGGCAUCCCUCAGGAGUGGAAGGAUGAACUGAGAGAUGCUCAAGAGUUCCUCCCCAACAUCCUGAAGGAGAUGCUGUAAGAGGAGCGGCACCCCCUGGAGGACAGGAGGAGAACUGCUACAACCACACGAACUGCAGUUUGGAUCCCAGCACUGUCUGUUUACAACCUUUAAACAUUUACUCUGUUUUUAUGUCAUAAUCUAAAGUUAGUUAAGGUUUCUUUUUUUAUUCCUUCAGUAAAUAGUUUCAUCCUAUUUAUUCUGGCUGUUUCCAGUUUGAUGCCUUUAAAAUGAAACAUUCAUGUUAAAAACAAUAAAGGAGGAAAUG